CGUCAGGCCGGAAACGGAAAAGGCGGCGGAGGACGUGUUUGGCAGAGGGACGCACCAUUUCAGUUGCCUUCUGGGUUCUACUUGUGUCUCGGCGAUGUUUCCUAGAGUCGCGACGUUCCUACCUGUUCGCCCCCUUUCCCGCCACCCUUUGUCCUCUGGAAGCCCGGAGACGUCAUCAGCAGCUGCGAUUGUGCUACUCGCUGCUCGGCACGGAACCGUCAGGACAAACAAUAAUAUCCAAAGAUAUUUUGGCACUAGCAGCAUGAUCUGUAGCAAGAAAUGUGACCAGUCUGUUGGAACUGAUGAGACUUCCAAGGAGACUUCAGAGAGCCAAGAGAGUGAAAAGGAAAACACAAAAAAAGACUUGUUAAGCAUUAUUAAGAGCAUGAAAGUUGAAUUAAGCACAGUAAAUGUACAAACAACAAAGCCCCCCAACAGAAGACCACUUAAAAGUUUGGAAGCUACACUUGGCAGGCUUCAAAGAGCUACAGAACAUCCUCCAAAGAAGAGAAUUGAGCCCCUGAGUCCGGAGUUGGUAGCAGCUGCAUCUGCUGUGGCAGAUUCUUUCCCUUUUGACAAGGAAACAACCAAGUCAGAGCUGCUGAGACAGCUCCAGCAGCAUGAGGAAGAGUCAAGGGCACAGAGAGAUGCAGAGAGACCUAAAAUUAGUUUCAGUAACAUAAUAUCAGAUAUGAAAGUUGCCAGAUCUGCUACAGGUAGAGUUCAUUUAAGACCAGAGCAUCAGAUUCGGUUUGAUGAAGGCCUUGACGAUUAUCCUGACCAGAAGACCGCUAAUUAUAGAAAAAGAAAUACGAAAAGUAUAUUCAAGGGGAAAAGACUUUAUAUUUUUGACAUGACGGCAGCUACUAAAGAAGACUCUGAAACAGACACAUCACCUUCACUUUGGGAUGUGGAAUUUGCUAAGAAGUUAGCCACAGUAAAUGAACAACCCCUUCAGAAUGGGUUUGAGGAGCUGAUCCAGUGGACAAAAGAGGGGAAACUGUGGGAGUUCCCAAUUAACAAUGAAGCAGGUUUUGAUGAUGAUGGUUCAGAAUUUCAUGAACAUAUAUUUCUGGAGAAACACCUGGAGGGCUUUCCAAAACAAGGACCAAUUCGCCAUUUCAUGGAGCUGGUGACUUGUGGCCUUUCCAAAAACCCGUAUCUUAGUGUUAAACAGAAGGUUGAGCACAUAGAGUGGUUUAGAAAUUACUUUAAUGAAAAACAGGACAUUCUAAAAGAAAGUAACGUACAAUUCAAUUAAGACCAUGGAAAUUUUAUUUCAAACAAUUAGAGAUGGAUAUUACAACUAAAUAAAAUAAUUUUACUAGUUUGUA